UCUGAAUCAAGAGAAGAUGAAUUAGAUUGGACCAGAAUUAAAAUCAAUUUAGUUGAUGAUAAUGUCAUUUUAUCUAAAGAUGAUUUUAGAGGCAUAAUUACUCAUAUUAAUAACCUGGAGCUACAGAUUAAUGAAAAUUCAUAUUAUAUUGAUGAAUGUAAUGAUGAUUUUGAUGUAAUUAAUGAAAUUAGCAAUG